AUGGUGCUUCCGCUCCUCCGGCACGCAGCGAUCGCCCGCACUUCUUCACUUCUCAGAGCUCGUCUUCUCGCCCCUGCCUCCGGAUUCCACACUCGAUUUUCGAAUGGAUUAUACCACUUGGACGACAAGAUUAGUAGCGGUAGUGGUGCGAGGCGUGCCUCGGUAGACAUGAUUACAAGAAUGAAUGAUAGUCCUCCAAAGUCCAUUCUGCGGUUUGGUGUGCAAAACUUUUCAUCUUCAGGAUCCACACCACAGACGGUUCUUACAAUGCCAGCCUUGUCUCCUACAAUGAGUCAUGGAAAUAUUGCGAAAUGGGUGAAGAAAGAAGGUGACAAGGUAGAGGUGGGGGAUGUACUAUGUGAGAUUGAGACAGACAAAGCCACUGUAGAGCUUGAGAGUCAGGAGGAAGGAUUUCUGGCAAAGAUUUUAGUAACCGAAGGAUCAAAGGAUAUUCCUAUUAAUGCACCGAUUGCAAUAAUGGUCGAGGAGGAAGACGACAUUCAAAACGUUUCUACUAGCGUAGAGGGUGGAGGAGUUGGUAAAGAGGAAACAUCAGCUCCCCAAGAGACGAAACCUGAAGAAAGCCCACAACAGGGAGGUUCCACUCAGCCUGAUGUAUCAGAUCUUCCCCCACAUGUUGUCUUAGAAAUGCCAGCACUUUCUCCCACAAUGAACCAAGGUAACAUUGCCAAAUGGUGGAAAAAAGAGGGUGACAAGAUUGAAGUGGGUGAUGUCAUAGGUGAGAUCGAGACUGACAAAGCCACUCUGGAAUUUGAAAGCCUUGAAGAGGGGUACUUGGCUAAGAUUCUAAUUCCUGAAGGUUCCAAGGAUGUGGCUGUCGGAAAGCCGAUUGCACUUAUAGUUGAAGAUGCUGAAAGUAUUGAAGCCAUCAAGUCUUCUUCCACAGGUGGUUCUGAUGUUAAGACAGAAAAACAAUCCCCUCAUAGUGCCGUAAAUAAAUCCGGAGGAAGGAAAGCAGGCUUUACAAAGAUCAGUCCUGCAGCAAAGCUAUUAAUUUUAGAACAUGGAUUGGAGGCAUCAUCAAUUGAGGCCUCGGGUCCCUACGGUACAUUACUGAAAUCAGACGUUGUUGCCGCAAUUGCUUCUGGAAAAACAUCUAAAACAUCUGCGUUUAAGGAAAAGAAACAGCCAUCAAACGAGAACCUAUCUAAAUCCUCUUCCGUAUCGCUACCUGAAUCAAAGUCUCCCGUUACACAGUCCGAUAAUUAUGAAGACUUUCCCAAUAGUCAAAUUCGCAAGCUUGAAGAAGUUCAGAAGCUGUCAUCAAAAAGCCAGAUCAACAUGUUUCAUUCUUUUGAUUGGGAGGGUUUAGCUGAAAUAAUUUAUUUUGAGAUGGGUGUUAGUAGCUUUGAGAUGAUGGCUAUAUCAGUGGGUAUUAUAGCUAAACGUUUAUUGGAAUCAAAACAGAAGAUACCCCAUUUGUAUUUAUCAUCAGAUGUUGUAUUGGAUCCUCUUCUUGCAUUUAGAAAAGAACUUCAAGAAAACCAUGGUGUUAAAGUGUCGGUCAAUGACAUAGUUAUUAAAGCAGUGGCAGUCACACUGAGGAAUGUACAACAAGCUAAUGCUUUCUGGGAUGCUGAGAAAGGAGAAAUUGUUAUGUGUGAGGAUGUUGACAUAUCAAUUGCAGUUGCUACUGAGAAGGGCUUGAUGACUCCAAUUAUCAGGAAUGCAGACCAGAAAUCUAUAUCUGCUAUCUCCUUAGAGGUUAAGGAGUUGGCACAAAAGGCGCGAUCUGGAAAGCUUGCUCCUAAGGAGUUUCAAGGAGGGACUUUCAGCAUUUCAAAUCUCGGAAUGUAUCCUGUGGACCAAUUCUGCGCAAUCAUUAACCCCCCUCAGUCUGGAAUCCUAGCAGUUGGUAGAGGAAACAAAGUUGUUGAGGCAAUUCUUGGAAUAGAUGGAACUGAGAAGCCUUCGGUUGUGACGAAAAUGAAUGUAACGCUAUCUGCUGAUCAUCGAAUCUUUGAUGGACAAGUUGGAGCUUCGUUUCUCUCUGAAUUGCGUUCAAACUUUGAGGAUGUUCGAAGACUUCUUCUGAUGAAGCUGUGA